GUGGUGAUGUUAGAUUUCUCUGUGUGGAAAUACAGAUCUGCAAGGGCUGGACAGGUAGUCUUGAUUUCUGCCUGUAGACAAAAUUAUAAAUAAAUGAUCCAAGCACAAAGUUGUUAAUUGAAAAGAUCUAGCAGUGAUCUCUCUUCAAAUUCUUUAGCUCAGUAUGUUCGUGUAAUUACUCUGAAGAGUCCAUAGUGCUAGACAUUCUGGACGCUACAAAAAUGCAUGCCAGGAGGUUCCUGCCUCCAAGGAUCUUUCUUCAAGUAUAAAUAAGUACAGUUAAAUUCCUCUUUAUUAGUCUUUUUUUGUUUUUGUUUUUUUAGAUUACAUAGCUUUAAAAACCAUUGAAUACUUGUUUCACGAAGUCUGUUUUUUAUUUUAAUCAGUGCCAAAUCUGAGUGUCAAUUUAUUAAUCUUUUAUGUGACUGAGAAACCCGUCUUUGACAUCAUAGCUGUUUCAUAGCAACCUUGACCUAAACAAACAAUGAGAUCCUCUGUUCUAUAGGGUAAAGGCAGUAGGCUGAGAGAGAACAUUAGGCAUCGUCUCACCCAGAAAACAUCUUCCGGUACCCUUGGGAGGGAAGAGUACCUAAAAGGGAGGGAGGAGCUGCCUUUAACAUAGCCUUAAAUGUUCUGAUUCUAAAAGGUUGUCUUGGCCAUUGUCUUCAUGAAUUUUCAUUUCUGUUGAAAAUCCACAUAUGAAUGAACAGCAUUUCACACUUUACAAAGUGUUUUCAUGUACAGUCUAUCAUUUGAUGCUCAAAGUGACCUUCCUGAAAUAGGCAUGGAGGUCUUAAUUUACGAAGGAGGAAAUAGAAAUUCAGGAAGGGCUGUCUCAUGUCCAAGGAGUCAAGUUAUGAUACUGUAGAGAAGUCAGCCGGAAUACCUUUGGGGUGCUGGCUGAGGGUGGCGCAAUGCCUAGCAAGACAUGAAGGUUUUGGCCACUAGUUUCAUCCUUGGGAUCCUGGUGUUGCCCUUCUACCUGCCUUUGGUGGUGACUGCACCUAGAACACUGGCCAUCCCUAAGAAGCUGCAAGAAGCUGUGGGGAGAGUUAUUGUCAAUGCCACAACCUGCACUGUCACCUGUGGCCUUGGCUAUAAGGAGGAGACUGUCUGUGAGGUGGGCCCUGACGGAGUGAGAAGGAAGUGUAAGUCUCAGCGCUUGGAAUGUCUGACCAACUGGAUCUGUGGGAUGCUCCAUUUCACCGCGCUCACCGGGAAGGAAUUUGAGCUUAGCUGUCUGAGUUCAGACAUCCUGGAGGUUGGACAGGAAGCUUUCCGAUUCACUUGGAGACUUGCUCGGGGUAUCAUCUCAACCAAUGACGAGGUCUUCAAACCCUUCCGAGCCAAUUCCCACUUUGUGAAGUUUCAGUCUGCUCAGGAGUAUGACUCGGGGACAUACCGGUGUGACGUGCAGCUGUUAAAAAACUUGAGAUUUGUCAAGAGGCUUUAUUUUGGGCUGAGGGUCCUUCCUCCUAACUUGGUAAACCUGAAUUUCCAUCAGUCCCUUACUGAGGAUCAAAAGUUAAUAGAUGAGGGCUUGGAAGUGAAUCUGGACAACCAUUCCAAGCCUCACCGCCCAGAGUGGGAAAAGAAGGUGGCAUCAGCCUUGGGAGUAGGUAUCGCCAGUGGAGUGGCUGGUGGCGUGUUGCUGAGCUUCGCCCUCUGCAAGGUGCUCAGGGAGACCUAUAUCAGUGACGGGCUCCAGAGCUUAAAAGCCUUGUCCCAGAAGGACCAGCUGCCCAGGAAGCCAAGCUAGCUUUUAAGGAUAAGUGAGUGUUCUGGCUGCCUGAUAGUGGAUUGGCUAAGAGGGAGGACUCCUACUGCUAAAAGAAUGAGUAGAGGAAUGUGGAGGGGGCACUCUUGCGCAGCUAUGGGGAAUCAUCUCUGCUUGUCCCGGAUAGAUUUCCUCCUGUUCUUCCUUGCCCACUAUGUACCCGGGAAACUGUAGGCACCUGAUCCGGGGAAGAGUUGAAACAAGCUUCAUGUUCUAUCCCAUACAACUUGUAUGCCUCCCCACCUCCAUUCUCCCUCUUUUGAGCAAUGUAUUCAUGGAAAAGGAUAUUAUUAACAGCUUUUAUAGUGAAAACAUUUUUUCCUUUCAAUAAAAAUAAUUCACAGUAGCUGUA